AUGAUUUGGAGACUUAUUACCAGUGUCGCCAUUGUGGCCAACCUGGUGCGACCAAUCAUUGGAUAUGGCACGACUGUCUUUGUCGAAGUCAGCUAUUGCCCUGCCACCCACAUGACCUCGACACUUGCGACAAGGACGACCUCUAGCACUUCGUCGUCGGCUCCAAGUUUCACCCCGAUCGUCCUUACCGUGGUGCAGGUCUUUGACGAGCAACCUCAGUAUGUAUCCGCAGAUGGAACUCUGACAAACGAUUCUUCGUUGGCCGUGGAUUUCUCCAUAAACCCUAUAGGACAGCUUGAAGGAGCAGGGGGAUUUAUAUCAACGGAUGGGAACGAAACCUCAAAGCCUUUUGAGGUUUCCCCGACACCUGGUACCAUCUCGACUUUCUUUUCCCUUACCAGUAACGACACUGUUGCAAGAAGGGACGGUGCCCCUGCCAGCAAAACCUUGGUAUGGAAGAAUGACGCUUUUGUUGGUGGUGAAGCUAUGUUCUGCGUGUUUGGCUCAAUCCUCGAGGCGGCUUUUGGCGGUACGCUACCUCCGGGAUGUCUUGAAGUUAUACUUGGUGCAAUUCCUACUAGCGAUGUACGACCUUCCUCGACUUCGUCCUCCACGACCACUCUUUCACCGUCCAGCACGCGCGCAGGAUCAAGCAGCCUCACGGAUUCAGCAACGACAUCGUACUCACUUGUCCCGACCUCGAACAGUCCAUCUCUGAGCCCUACACCAGAGCCGACUCCGGGGUCUACGACCAGUCAAACUUCGGCUCAGUACUUGUCGACGAGUUCGCCUGAGCACAGAAGUAGCUCCACAAAUGCUGAAAUGAUUUCGAGUAUGACAUUCACACAGGGAGCAGAAACAUCACUAUCGACGACUUCUUCUUACAGCAGCACCAUCUCGUACACGUCGUCUUUGACCCUUUCUGAGUAUCCUGCGCCCACGACCACAGGGACCCCGAAUUGCUUCGAUCGAUCUCCCUUUGAUGGCACGGUCAACAACGAUUACUUGGUCCUUUGCGACACCUAUCUCCCUGGGUUUGAUCUGCAACAAGUCCCUGCGUCCAACAUUGCCGAGUGCAUUGAUCAGUGUAAUUCGUAUAUCCCAACAUCACAAGGACCUUGUGUCGCUAUAGCCUUUGACAUUCUGGCAUCCGUGAACCCAUGCACGCUCAAAUAUAACAUCAGUGAGGUAUCCAGAGGCGCCGACGCAUUCUCUCAAGCUGCGAUUUUGGUCAAUCAGCCCUUCUCUCCUGAAAUUGUGUUCAGCGACACGGCUAGUUCCAGUUCAUCUUCUACAGGUGAGGGAAUUUCUUCAACGAGACCUCCACCAGACACCACAUCCAACCCAAGCUCUAUCGCCACUACACCUCCGGCGUCAACCACUGCACCUACCAUUAUAGGCACGGUCAGUACAAGUGCUGCAGCCCAACAGCCCAGCUCAUCGACUACUACGCAAGUUCUGCAAACCAGUCCAGGGAUAGGUUCAUCGUUUACUUCGCUCCCUACGUCAGCAAGCUCCAGCACGACACGCUUGUCUACUUUGCCAAUACCAACUUCUUCGCCCAUUACGUCUCCCGUGACGAGCCAACAGCGAACGAGCGCAUCUGCAACAACGAUAGGUCAGCAGCAAUCGAGCAGUACUUUAUCCACCUCUCGUAAUCCAUCAAGCUCUUCGACAAGCCCGUCAUCCCCGCCCUCUACCACUACAUCCAGGGUAGUUUCGAGUGUCGUUAGCUCUGUCAGCACAUCACAAAUGACACCAACAAGUUCAGGGUCUCAACCUCCCUCGAGUUCUUCAAGCCUUGUGUUUUCGACGGUCGCCAUAGUCGCUACCUCCUCCACCUCUCUUCCUGCAUCAUCACAAGUCACCACUUCUCCAGUCACCCCUGUCGCGACAACAUUUUUACCAUCAUCCGUAUCCAUAUCCACGACUCCUCCGCAUUGUUCUGCGACUCCAACUACAACUUCGUUAUGCCCGGCGUAUGACCAUCAAGCUCUCAACGUGAAUGGCGACGGUUCAUGCUACGAAGUCGAAUGCUCCACAACGCUUCAGGGCGGUAUCCUGACGGGCAACUCGACCACGGCAUCAACGCUCACGACGUGUAUAAGUUUCUGCACGCUUUAUAACGUCGCUAUACCCUACGGUUGUGUGGGCGUCAAUUUCUUAGGCUCCCUUUCCGGAAGCAAUCCGAACUGCAUCCUCAUGUCCAGUGUAAGCAGUACGACAUUUGGGAGUGGAAUCGACUCUGCGAGAUUAUUGUAUCCUGGGUAUCCAGCCAUCAAUGAUCCGCACUAUCUUGGAACGACGACGACGACGACGACGACGCCAAACGCGGGUACCUUCACGACGCGUGCUUCCUCCUCCUCCCUGACGUCCCUCGUUGGGGUAGGUAGCACUACAAGUACCAUUGGCCUUGGUACCAGCGGCGUCACCAGCGGAAAUAGCCAGACAACUACGACGAUCGCGGGCGGAGGAACGCCGACGACCAGGACGACGACUACGUUUGUACAGCCGUCGUGCCCAGCGGCGCCGACUGCGAACUCGUGUCCGGCGCCCUCGGGAUCCCCCGUGCCGUACUGCUACAGCUACACCAACUACGGCAACACGGCGCCGUUCGAGGUCGAGUGCGCGACGAGCUUCACGGGGGCGUCGAUGCAGCCGUUGCUCGCGUUCGGCUUCGAGGACUGCGUGAGCUGGUGCCAGUACGCCAACAUCCUGGUGCCCAACAGCUGCGUCGGCCUGACGUACCGAAACGGCACCGUGUCGCAGGGCGGAAGCAACAAUUGUUUCCGGUACGCUACGUUGACGUGCGCGACGAGGGGCAACGCGACGUUUGCGAGUGCCAGGUUGAUUUGGGCCGGGUAUCCUGCCAUGACCGAUUACGGGGGCAACUUUGGAUGUUGA